CGGACCCGGCUCCCCGCGCGUGGCAGUCGGUGCGCGGUGCUCUAACAGUGCUCCAGGGCUGCGCGCCCGCUGCUGUGCCGCCCCUCAGCCCGGGGCUGCCCCGGCACUGAAAGCGCUCCGGCCGGGAGCUCACGGCGCCGCCUCGGGCACCGACCCGGGCCCGCCCCCGCCCCCGCCCCGCCCCGCCCCGCCCCCCGGCGCGGCCGCACCGGUCCGAGCGCGCGGCACCGCCCGCUCCCAAAAUGGCGGCGGCGGCCGUUCCGCUUCCGGGGGCUGCGAGCAGGCCGGGAUUGGAGAAGAUGGCGGUGGCUGGAGUGUUCGGGCGGGGCGGGCUGGGGCGGGUAUGGGUCUUCUCCGGCUGGGCCCUGGGCCUGUGCUCGCUUCUGGCCUCGGGGACGCGGCCCGCCGCUGCUACCACCCACUGGGUGGUCACCGAGGACGGGAAGAUCCAGCAGCAGGUGGAUUCACCAAUGAACUUGAGAAACCCACAUGAUUUGGUAAUACUUAUGAGACAAGAAACAACAGUUAACUACCUCAAAGAACUGGAGAAACAGUUAGUUGCUCAAAAGAUUCAUAUAGAGGAAAAUGAGGACAGAGACACAGGGCUGGAACAAAGGCAUAAUAAAGAAGAUCCAGACUGCAUUAAAGCAAAGGUGCCCCUGGGGGACCUAGAUCUGUAUGAUGGCACAUACAUCACCUUAGAGAGCAAAGAUAUCCGCCCUGAAGACUAUAUAGACACAAAGUCCCCAGUGCCUCCAGACCUGCAGCAGCCAGACUGUACAAAAGUUCUAGAUCUUCCAUACAGUAUUCAUGCUUUUCAGCACUUACGGGGUGUCCAAGAAAGGGUUAAUCUUUCUGCACCCCUGUUACCUAAAGAAGAUCCAAUCUUCACAUACUUAUCACGGAGACUGGGAAGAAGUAUAGAGGAAAUAGGUCACCGUAUUUAUGAGGGGCUCAUGAAGAACUCUUCUUCCUGGGUCCUCUAUAACAUGGCUUCUUUUUACUGGCGAAUAAAGAAUGAGCCAUACCAAGUAGUAGAAUGUGCCAUGCGUGCCCUUCAUUUUUCUUCAAGGCAAAAUAAAGACAUUGCACUGGUAAAUUUGGCAAAUAUUUUGCAUCGGGCUCACUUCUCUGCAGAUGCAGCUAUUGUGGUUCAUGCAGCUCUGGAUUACAGUGACUUCUUUACCAGCUAUUACACUUUAGGAAAUAUAUACGCAAUGCUUGGAGAGUACAACCAUUCAGUCCUAUGUUAUGAUCAUGCUCUACAGGCCAAACCAGGGUUUGAGCAAGCUGUAAAAAGGAAGCACGCUGUCCUAUGUCAGCAAAAACUUGAGCAAAAAUUGGAAGCCCAGCAUAGAUCACUUCAGCGAACAUUAAAUGAAUUAAAGGAAUAUCAAAAGCAGCAUGACCAUUACCUUAGGCAACAAGAUGUUUUAGACAAGUACAAGCUCAUCCAGGAGGAACAAAUCUUGAGGAACAUCAUUCAUGAGACACAGAUGGCAAAAGAAGCUCAACUAGGGAACCACCAGAUUUGCAGAUUGGGCAACCAGCAGCAUCGCUUGCACUGUCAGUGGGAUCAGCCUGUUCGCUAUCACCGUGGAGACAUUUUUGAAAAUGUAGAAUAUGUUCAGUUUGGUGAAGACUCUUCAACUUCUAGUAUGACGUCCAUGAAUUUGGAUCUUCAUGCAAACCAAAGUGUUCACAGCCAGUCCUUGCAGUCUUCCCCUGUGGCUCGUUCUGUUGUUUCAGUGUGGAGUGUGGAACCUAGCAGAGACAAACAGCAUAUUCUUUGGCCUCAGCGGUCAGAAUGCAUGAAAUCUUUCCCCAGAAUUCCUGACCCAGAAGAACUGCCAACUUACUUCUUGCCUCCAGAAAACAGGGGAUUCAGAAUCCAGCCAAUACUGAAUAUCCCAAGAGAUACUGUUGGGCAUGGAGAAGCACAGGCACCAGAUUGUUCUUCCAUUACUGAUGCUCGUAAUAAUGAAUCUCUAAACAUACUGGUCAAGGAACUAGACACUAAUCUAGAUUUGAAAUUCAGGAUGCCAGACGAUCAAGCAAGACAAAUUUUGCAUUCUCGUAUCAACAAUGAAACUAUUACACUGAUGAAGAUAGGAGUGUUUCUAGAUCAUGCCAUGAAAAAGCCAGAAGAUCCUCUAUGGCUUGUGCUUAAUGAAGCUGGAUUGUACUGGCGUGCAGUUGGAAAUAGCACCUUUGCUAUCACCUGUUUGCAAAAAGCAUAUAAUUUGGCUCCACAUGAGUAUCAGGACAUCCCUCUAGUCAACCUUGCUAACCUCUUGUUUCAUUAUGGUCUUCAUUCGGAUGCCAGCAGGCUCCUGCUGAAGGCUUUGGCCAUAAAUGCCUCUGAGCCCCUGACUUUUCUGAGCCUGGGAAAUGCAUACCUGGCUCAGAACAACAUUAGUGGAGCACUGCAGGCCUUCAGACAUGCUCUGGAUUUGACAGCCAAGUGCUUGGAGUGUGAAAGCAGCCUGAAGAUGAUCCGCUGUUUGCAGUUUUAUCCUUUCCUGUACAACAUCACCACCUCUUCUGUGUGCAGCGGCCACUGUCAUGAGAAAAAUCCAGAUGGCAGUUAUGGCAAGGAGAAAUACUUUGAUGGCCACUAUGAGUCAGCUACAGCAAUGACAGAAGGACACUCUGAGGGAGGUACAGAAGAUCCAGAAGUCCUUACUCAGAGUUCAGUGAGGGAUCCCUCCUUCUUGAGACUGGAAAACACAGUCACUGCAGAAAGCAAUGGUUCAGAAGGAGUGGAGGGUUUAGAAGAUGAUCAGAUAUCUGAAGAGAUGCUGGCUUUGGUGGAUGAGUUUGAAAAUUCUUGGCCUCAGGAAGCUUUUGAAGGGGCACUGGAGGUAAAAGGUCGUCGGAUGGACUUGCAGGGAAUCCGGGUCCUGAAGAAGGGAUCUCAGGAUGGACUUGCUAGCUCCUGUUUUGGGGACUGUGGUGAUGAUGAUGAAGCUGAAUGGAUCACUUUUCAGGUCAAACGUUUAAAGAAACCAAAAGUUGAAACCUUGGAUCUUCAGGAGCCACCUGGGAGAAAUGUGGAAGAAGGGACUAAUGCAGAAAAUGAGAACUUCUACCAAACUGCUCUAGAGAUCAGUGGACCAAAGAUACCUUCUCCUGGACCAAUAGGAAAAAGGCGUGACUACCGUAGCCUUGGCUGGCCAAGUCCUGAUGAAUGCCUGAAACUCCGCAGGGUAGAGCUUACAACUGUAGCCAGCACGUGGCUUGCUGUUUCUGCUAAAAACAUUGACAUUACAGAACACAUUGAUUUUGCCACACAGCUGCAGGAACCAGCCAUGGAGCCCCUUUGUAACUCAAACCUCCCAGCCAGUAUGCAUACUUUGGACCACCUGCAAGGUGUCUCUAGUCGGGCCAGCUUGCAUUACACUGGAGAAAGUCAGCUGAAAGAGGUCCUACAGAAUCUUGGCAAAGACCACGACUCACCACAGUCACUAGAACAAGUUGGUACUCGAAUAGCCAAAGCUUUGGAAAAGAAUCAGACUUCAUGGGUUCUCUCUAGCAUGGCAGCUCUUUACUGGAGGGUGAAAGGCCAAGGAAAGAAGGCAAUUGAUUGUUUACGGCAAGCAUUGCACUAUGCACCCCAUCACAUGAAGGAUGUACCACUAAUAAGCCUAGCAAACAUCUUCCACAACGCCAGACUCUGGAAUGAUGCCAUCAUUGUGGCUACCAUGGCAGUGGAAAUAGCGCCACACUUCGUGGUUAAUCAUUUCACACUGGCAAAUGUCUAUGUAGCAAUGGAGGAGUUUGAAAAGGCCAUGAAAUGGUAUGAGUCAACACUAAAGCUUCAGCCGGAGUUUGCCCCAGCAAAGAACCGAAUCCGCACCAUUCAGUGUCAUUUACUUCUGAAAAAAGAGCGACGGUCUCCUUAGAGAUCAGCAUCUUUCUCUUUUUUAAAAAUGUCAUUAUUCUCUAUUCUGCUCUUAAGUGUGCUAAGAUAAAUUGAUGAAUUGAAAUUUUUAACAAGACCACUAAAAAGAGAUGGGAUUUGGAUCAAGGGUUCUUUUUUUAUUUUUUGUCAAAUAGAGGAUCAUCUUUUGAAAAUAUAUUUCACAGACCAUAAUUUUUAAACAUCCGUGUAAAUAUUAAACCAAGAAACUUCCAUGAGUCCAUGACCACCUGUAACAGGACCUAGGCGCUGUUAGUUUUUCCAUAAUGCUCAGAUUGGCAUCAGCAUCCAAAAUAACUUGCUUCAUGUCUUAUAAUCUAAGCCACUGGAAAUGCAAAGCACACAACCAUACCAAAUAGUAAGAAGAGAUAAUCAGCAAUUCAUCCAUGUGAAACUCAUGCUUUGUCCAGUCUUGUUCACUCCAUACCACAUUACCUGCUUUUUUGGAAGGAGAGGAACAGACUUUUAAAUAUUUAUUAAAAAAUAUGAGAAACAUGAAGCAUUUUUGGAAUUCUUCAUUUCUGUUGGGGGAAUCAGGAGGAGGUAACAGCAGGACUCUAAAGUCAAAGUAGUUUUUAAUCAUACUUGCAGAUAAAAAAAAAUUGGUUAAAAUCCCAAUAAGAUGUUUUAUAUUUGUCUGUAUAUUCAUAGCCCUCUGCCUCCCUGAGUGGUUGAUUUACUAAUUCUUUGUUCACUGUAUUUCUAGCCGUUUUGGAAUAAGGUGCAAGUUUAUGCUCACCCUGAGCCAUACUUUCAGCUGCCAAGGAGGAGGAGGGACAUGGUGUCAAGGUAUCAACAGCAAAAAAGUCAGGUGGAAGAUUUCCAAAUCAGUUUCGUCUUUGGUUGGUGGAGGAUGUGAUUCUCCAGAAUCAAAAGGGGCACAUACUUGAAAUAAAAUAAAUUGUUUAUGAACAACUCA